AGAGACAGACACAUCUCAGGACAUCCUGCAUCCCAGCCUCACACUCAGGACCUGUCUCCUCCUAACUCAUACUGCUGGUGUGUCACAAUGCUUGACGGGUUAAAAAUGGAAGAAAAUAUACAAAAUGUUAUCGAAACGUCAGCUACAAUGUCUUCUCUGUUUGGUCGGGGACUGGAGCAGAAGUGGGUGUGCGAGGGCUGCGAGAGAGUUAUCUGUGAUCGCUUUCUCCUGAGGAUCAGUGAAAGUCUGUGGCACGAACAGUGUGCUCAGUGCUGUGUAUGCAAGGAACCCCUGGAGAGCAGCUGCUUCUACAGAGACAAGAAGCUCUACUGCAGGAAGGACUAUGACAAGCUCUUUGCAGUAAAAUGCGGUUCGUGCCUUGACACCAUCACAUCUAGAGAGUUCGUCAUGAGAGCACAAAAAAGUGUCUACCAUUUGGGCUGUUUCUGCUGCUGUGUGUGUGAAAGACAACUGCAAAAGGGUGAUGAGUUUGUUUUAAAAGAUGGGCAACUUCUCUGCAAGAGUGACUAUGAGCGUGAACGAGAUCUUCUUAGCUUGGUCAGCCCAGCAGCCUCAGAUUCAGGUAAAAGUGAUGAUGAUGAAGAUGCAGCCAAAAUUGAUGACUGCAAAGGAGCAGAAGAUGGAAAAGACCAGAAACGGCCCAAGAGACCAAGAACCAUUUUAACAACACAACAACGCAGGGCAUUUAAAGCUUCCUUUGAAGUAUCUUCAAAACCAUGCCGGAAGGUGAGGGAAACACUAGCUGCUGAAACUGGGCUCAGUGUACGAGUGGUACAAGUCUGGUUCCAGAAUCAGAGAGCUAAAAUGAAAAAACUGGCAAGGAGGCAACAACAACAGCAGCAACAGCAGCAGGAUCAACCAAACUCAGCACGAAUAACAUCAGCUCAAACACAUAAUUCUGGAAACGCCAGCAUUGAAGGCAUCAUGAAUGUCUUCACAUCGUUGCCUCAACAACAACUCCUUUCUGUUGAGCAAAACAUUUACACUUCUGACCCGUUCCAGCAAGGACUCACUCCUCCACAAAUGCCAGGAGAUCACAUGCAUCCAUACGGUGGAGAGACCCUUUUUCAUGAUAUGGACAGUGAUGAAGCUUCUCUUAACAAUUUGGGAGAAUGUCUACUUGCAGCAUCCGAAGUGGGAGGCCUGCAAGCCCGAGUGGGGAAUCCAAUCGAUCGUCUUUACUCCAUGCAAAGCUCAUAUUUCACAUCCUGAGAAUUCUGAACAGCAUUAGGCUUCAUUAAUAUUAUUGGUAUUUAUAAAGCGCCAAAUUAUUCCACAGUGCUGAAUCUAUGGAAAUUCGGGAUUCACAUGGGUGGCCUGCAAAUCCUACUGAUUGUAUCUAAUUUCUAAUCAUGUCAUGUGUUUUAUGGGCAGCAUUAACAAGUUGCUUACCAAUCCAUGGUUCUAACGAUGACUACAGGAUUGUUUACACAUACUUCUGAUUGAAUACAAUUUCCAUUGGAUUACCACAAAAGUUGGAAUGACAAAGAAGCCUUACACUGUGAGUUUUGACAAGUCCUCCAUUGCAUGACAGUGAUAAACACUGAAAAUACAAGGCAAUAUAUGCCUUUAAUCUUAUUCUGCAUAAAAAGCUGCUGCUGAACUGCUGGAACACUGACUAUACAAGGAGAAUUCUUAUCUCCCAGAGCAGAAUUAUCCAGAGAUACGAAUUAAAAGGAGUUGAAUUAGAUGACUUAGUCAAUAGCUUGUGGACAACAUGGAAACCAACCUCCUCAUUCUCAUCCAUUUAGAAACAAAACAAUGGAAUAGACGUACUGUUCGGUAAAAUGAUAAAGAGUAGAACUAUUUAAUGCAGCCUCAUUUUAAAUCUCAGGAAUAGGGUCUGAAUACGUUUUAUCUCCACAAUCCAACUUUUCACCAAUUAGUGAUGUUGUUCUCUAGAUGACUUCGUCAGUGAUGACUCAAUCAAACUAUGUGAACCCUUAAGGUACCCAUUGGAACCCAAUGAUUUACUCUGGAUCCCGAUCAUCUAUUCUACCCGAAGGAUACUGUUCUCUGAGGUCAAAUCACACUCCGAAGUGAGGUCAAAUUCAGCUACUGACAUUUUACUGGAGGAAAGUUCAACAAGAAUUAUACUUCUGUUAUCCACUGUACUAACUGUAUUACCAGGUUUUUUUUUUUUCCUGACAUUGAUUGUACAGCAAUUACCAUUGUCAUUUGGAGAUAUUUAAUGUUGCACGUUUGUGCAUUUAACUUAUAUA